CAAUCAAACUCCUAGAAACUAUUCGCACUUUCAUUAAGAGAGAGGUAAUGAAAAGUUCAUGAGUUCAUGAGUGUGAGACCGGUAUGGUGACUACAAGAGUCAUUUAUUUACCUUGAUUGUGGUAUUAUUCUUAUAUUACAUGCACAGGAACGUUUCUCCGUUAACGCCCUUCUACAUACCUGCAUAGUGAUACGUAUAUGUGGCAUAAGAUUAUAUGAUUUAAUAAUCAACUUCAACUCCAGAUUUGGUUGAGAAUAAUAUCACCGAGUGGAAUAAAAACUUAAUCAAGUUAUACUGCCUCAUCAACGACAAUGAUUUCGUACAGGAGCACGAUGUCACUAGCGAUGUUCAUCACGACAUCGAUGAUUACGAUCGCUGUCAUACACGGAUGCAUUUCAAUGAGUACAGACUCUACAUUGAAACCCAACUCCUACGAUGGUGAUGGAGAGUUUUUGGAAGUAUGGCAAGGGUCUGUGGAGUUCAUCAAUUUCUGGUGCGGCAUACCCGAAUCAUCAUACCACUCCGACGAACCAGAAGAUAAACGACGGCGACGACGAGAAACUUUAGACGAUGUCGACAUCAACAAGUACAGUCUCGAUCACUCUCUCGUUCUCUUCCGUGGCAAGUGCUUUGAGUUUGGCCCGGGUAAUGACUUGAUGUAUGCAAGGGGAGGUGUCGGGAGGAUGGCUGAGGAUUGUCCGGUUACAUGGACCCGUAUUGGACAGAGUAAGUGCACUAUGAAGGAGGCCGAAGACAUGGCUGCUAUACAACAGGCUCAACAUGAAUACCAUCUCUUAUGGAAUAACUGUCAUCAUUUUACAGAAUGGCUACUUCAUAAGUUAGUUAAUAAUCAAUGUUCAGUUAACAUAGCAAAUGCAAAUGACGAUGAUGACAAUGUAAAAGAAAAGAAAAAAGGGAAAGAAAAGAAAAAAGGGAGAAAAAAUGGGAAGUCUAAAAGGAGAGGAAGAAAAAGUAAGGUUCGAAGGAGAAAUGAGUGACAAAGAUGAAAACAAAAAUAAAUUAAUACGUAUAAAAAGUGAAGGGAGGCAUUUUUUGAGAUACUUGUUAGCACCUUAAAUGAUUAGAUAAUUGAUAGCAGUAGAUUCAGCAUCAAUGUAGAAACACUUAUCGACGCUCAUUAUUGUUAUGCCUACUUUCUAACAAUAUUAUGAAAAAAUAUUCAUUACCAAUAUUACAACAAAAAAUUGUUUUCAUAGUUAUUGUGUAGCAGAGAAUGAAAAAAACAUCAGAUAUAAUAUAGAGCAGUAAAAUGUAGAAUAAUCUUUCUUCGAUAGGGUUAAACUUUGAUUUUGUAUUUUUCCAUACGCUAUGUUUUUGUUUUCUUUCGCGCGAAGUUGCUUGAUUUCUAUAAAUUGUAUCGUAUGUGU